UUCUUCUCUGUCAUCAUUAGUGGGCCAUGGAGGAGGGCGCAUAUGCUUGUAUAAAUCACGAUGCGAUACAAUUUAUGAAGAGAUUUCCACGGCUCACUGAGGUACGUGGCUGUGUCAAUUUCUCUCCGCUUGCAAGCUAGAAAAUAAAGAACACUCUUAUAUUUCUUUGUAUCAAAAAGUCUUUUAUUACAUAGGUUUGAACUUAUUGAUCAAGACUUAGACUUAAACCAACUCUUCUGCUUUGAUCGUGGUUUAAUUUCUAUAACACUUCCAACCGGAAUGGAGUCCGCUGCAGAGUUGGUGAAGUCGCAUCUGUGCUGGCCUCCGACGCUCCAUGUGCUCGCUCUGCUGGGUCUCGCCGCCGCCGGCUACGCGUUCACGGGCCUGCUGGCCCAGAGAAGAGCCGCGCUGCGAGGCGUUGAGUCUUUCCCCGGACCACCUGCACACUGGCUGUUUGGGAACGCGAAGCAGUUAAAGCAAGAUGGGAAAGCCUUCGACAGGACUUUGAAAUGGGGAGAGAGCUACCCUUAUGCUUUCCCAUUGUGGUUUGGUCCAUUUAUUUGUUUAUUCAACAUUCACCAUCCGGAUUAUGUGAAAACGCUAUUUGAAUCAACAGUGCCAAAAGAUACUUUUAUAUUUAGUUUUCUUGAGCAAUGGAUUGGUGAAGGCUUAUUGGUGUCACAAGGUCAGAAGUGGUUUAGACACAGAAGGCUCUUGACCCCAGGUUUCCAUUUUGAUGUUUUGAAACCAUACAUAAAUCUGAUGUCAGACUCUACUAAAACUAUGCUGGACAAAUUGGAAAAAUAUGCAAGCGGCAAUGAGUCCUUUGAACUGUUUGAACCUGUGAGCCUCAUGUCACUGGACACCAUCUUGAAGUGUGCCUUCAGCGACAACAGCAACUGUCAGGCCGAGAGUGGAAGAAAUACAUACAUCCAAGCAGUGUACGACCUUAGUAACCUCAUUAGCCUGCGGCUGCGGAUGUUUCCUUACCACAGUGACUUCCUUUUCUACAUCAGCCCACAUGGCUUCAGAUUUAGAAAAGCACGCAGGGUGGCUUACAGACAUACAGUGGAAGUCCUAAGAAAGAGGAAAGAAGCACUAAAAGAGGAGAAUGAGCUGGAUCGCAUCGGAGCCAAGAGAAACUUGGACUUCCUGGACAUCCUUCUGUUAGCAAGAGAUGAGAAGCAGCAGGGUCUGGCCGAUGAAGAUAUACGAGCAGAGGUGGACACCUUCAUGUUUGAGGGCCAUGACACCACGGCCAGUGGCUUGUCUUUCAUCCUCUACUCUCUGGCCUGCCACCCAGAGCACCAGAAGCUUUGCAGGGAAGAGAUCCUUCAAACUCUGGAUGGCAAGGACACCUUUGCGUGGGAGGAUCUCAGUAAAAUGCCAUACACUACAAUGUGCAUCAAAGAAUCCCUCCGCCUUUACCCUCCUGUACCAGCAACUUCCAGAGUCACCACCAAGCCCAUGACCUUUUGUGAUGGAAGGACUUUACCAAAAGGUUGUCAUUUGUUGGCAAGUGUGUUUGGGAUUCACAGGAAUGCAGCUAUCUGGGAAAACCCUCAUGUGUUUGACCCUCUGCGUUUUCUUCCGGAGAAUGUGUCCAAGAGGCCCCCUCAUGCAUUCGUGCCCUUCGGAGCAGGGCCAAGAAACUGCAUUGGUCAGAACUUUGCCAUGAAUGAGCUGAAGGUAGCAACAGCCCUGACUCUGAAGAGAUACCAGCUGAUAGAGGACCCCACUCAGAAGCCCAAGUUAAUUGGUAGAGUGGUGCUUCACUCAAUCAAUGGCAUCCACAUCAAGAUCAAACCUGUACACACAAAUUGAAGUGUAAAUGCAAUAAACCUAAAUCUUAAGACUGACAUACAAUCACUAACGGAUGAGAAUGUAGUAAAUAACUGUUACCUGAUUUAGUUGCUGAACAUAUUCGUAUUGUAGAAUAUUUUUCUCACACUGGAACAAGUGUCAAAACAUUGUUGCACUCCAUAUUUGAAAAGAAAAUGUUUUAGUAGUUUUUAAAUGCAUUAUCAACCAUAUAAUAUUUUGUAGUAGAUGCACCAGGUCACAACCCUAUGGGUUUAAGCUGACUUUUUAUUUGUUCUAGUGUUCAUAAAAAAGAUGUGUGUGAACUUUCACACUACUGAUCAAAGAAUACUCCUGAGGUAUCUGAUCAAUGAAUAAUCUUUGUUCCCAGUCUGUUUGCUUAAAAGGCCAUUGAACUACUUGCCCCUUAGAAGACCUUUCACAGAAUACAGACGCAAUUUAACAAUAUUU